AUGUUUGGCGUGAGAGGAAAAGUAAAAGCCUGCAAUUUUGUGCAUAAUGAUGAAAUCUGGUGAGUUAUUUCUUAACCUGUCUUGCUUACUGUUAACAUUAUUUAAAUAAACCAUAUUAUAGUAUUUGUUUGUUUGGCUAUUAAGUUAUAUACUGAAAAGUCCACGCGAAGCCAGCUCAAACUUGCGGAGCAGCUUAUAUACAGCUCAAAAUCAAGUUCCCCACCGGUUAAAUCACAAUUCUCUAUUCUUACUGGCUGUACUUAUCUUGUUUAUUGGUUAUAAGAGGCCAAAUAAGGACCCAGCAAAAGAGACAAAGGGAGAAGAGGAAAAGAAAAAAAAAACGGAGAUGAUAGAAGGCGAAAAAUUAAGCUUGCCGUCUAGAAAUUUUGCAUAACUUCCCUGGACUAAAUUGGUUUUGAUUUAUAUAGGAAAGACCACGUGAAUAGAGAACUACUGUCACAACGGCGUUGGCCCGACAAGUGGGGAUUUCUGGCCAGUGAAUACCGGAAGGUAAGCCGCGAACAAAGCAGUGUUGUGUAAGUUCUGUAGCCUGCGAGUUUAGACGGUUUAGUUUUGUCUGCGGCGCAGGAUAAAUAAUAGACUUGCUAAGGCGUAGGACUUUUUUGACAGUCUAGAUAAAUAAUAUUCUUGAAACCAAUAUGGGGCCAACCUUAUAAUGUUUUUGUGUCAGGAAAAUUUAAUUUUAUUAAUUCCGGUUGUUUGGGCGAUUUACUCCCCCAUACAAAGCACUAGUCAAAUUAGAAUGCAAGGCAAAGUAAAGUUUUUUAAAAUGCUCCCUUACCGACAAACUUUAGCUUGGUGUAAAGGCCCUAAUCAUGUAAGUAAGGUAGGCACAAGUUGUUCAUACUUCAUACAGCUCCCACACCUCUUCAAACACCUACAACUUUUCAGUCCUUAUGAAUCAAGUCCUGAUGUUAAAUACCCAAUGCCCUUGCAACUUGUAGUUACAACAACAAACACUAAGGAUUGGUCAAGAGGGGCUUGAAUUACAACAAGAGAAAAACAUUGAUAGAGAACCGACUAAAGACAGCGAGGAAAAAGGCAAAACAACGAAAAGAGUAACAAGAGAUGAAAAAGUGGCAUUUCCAGAAACUACAUCACAGAUGAUCGGAUGGAAACCUAAAAUUCUGCAGCGAAACGAGGUUGAGAGACACGCACGUGGCAAGCAGGACAUAGUGAAGCUAUUUAAAUGGCCUCGCGAGGGCGUGUAA